AUGACACCCCCUUUGCGCCCUCAAGAGGCCGAGAAAGCGGCCGGAGAAGCCAAUGAUGCUCACAUUACAAUUCAAUCUGAGAAGAAACAUGACGGGUCCGUCGAGAAGAAAGGCCAGAAUGGGUUUCUGAGAGUUUUCUCCUUCGGCGACACUAAACUUCACGUCCUCGAAUGGAUUGCUUUCGGUGCUGCUAUUGUGUCCGGCGUUGCUCUCGCCCUGGUCAACCUGGUGAUGGGGAACUUCUUGACACUGCUCAGCGACUUCAGUUUCUCCGACGCGGACUCAAUCCCUGAAAAUUUCAUGCCCGCCGUGCGGAACUCUGCACUCCAGUUCGUUUACAUAGGUAUUGCCCGUCUCGUGGCUACCUAUAUCUACGCCUCCCUCUUCACCUACGUGGCGUACCACUUGACCCGCAAUGUCCGACAGAGCUAUCUACGGGCUGCCUUCAGCCAGGAAAUUGCCUACUAUGACCGGGACGCCUCCGGCUCCAUCUCGCAGCAGGCGACCACGAACGGCAAGCUCAUUCAAUCCGGAAUCGCAGAAAAACUCGGCAUCGUCGUCCAAGCCAUCUCCACCUUCGUGGCGGCCUUCGUGAUCGCGUUCGUCUCUCAAUGGAAGCUAACCCUAAUCCUUAUCUUUAUGGUGCCACUUCUGCUCAUUGUACUCGGCACAGCUGGUGGCAUCGAUGCUAAGAUUGAGACCACGAUCUUGCAGGUCUACGCCCAAGCCAGCAGCUACGCCGAGAACGUCCUCGCAGGCGUUCGAACCCUUCAGGCCUUUAGUCUUCUACCAAGGGUGAUGACCAAGUACGACACUUAUCUACAGGAUGCGUAUACUAAGGGAAUGAAAAAGAAUAAACUCUAUGGUAUCGUGUUCGGAGGACAAUAUUUCGUUGUCUACGCGGGUAUGGGCCUGGCCUUCUGGCAGGGCAUUGCCAUGCUCGACCGCGGCGAGAUCUCUGAUCUAGGAACCGUCUUCACUGUUCUCUUCUCUGUUAUCAUGGCUGCCAAUACUAUCAUGCAAGUAACACCACAUAUGGCAACCUUUAGUCGCGCAGCCACCGCAGCUUCGGAGCUCUUCGCGCUCAUUGAUAGAGAUUCCGAGAUCAACCCCUUCGACGAAUCAGGAGACAAACCUGACGAAACGGCCGGCGUCAUCGAUCUGCAUGGUAUCAACUUCAGCUAUCCCACGCGUCAAGAUGUCACCGUCUUGGAGGACUUUACCCUAACUAUCCCGGCGGGCAAGGUCACGGCGUUAGUGGGCCCAUCCGGUUCAGGCAAAAGCACCAUAAUCGGCCUGCUCGAACGUUGGUACAACCCCAAUGCAGGCAGCAUCUUUUUAGAUGGCAAAGAUAUCAGUCAGAUCAACCUCCAAUGGCUGCGGACGAACGUCCGCCUUGUUCAACAGGGACCGGUACUUUUCAAUGGCAGUGUAUUUGAAAACAUAGCCAACGGCCUCGUCGGCACCAAAUGGGAGUCAGCGUUGCAAGAAGACCAAAUGCAACGCGUCCAAGAGGCGGCCAAGCUCGCCUUCGCGCACGACUUUAUCCAGAACCUACCCCAAGGAUAUGACACACGCAUCGGCGAACGAGGUAGCUUGCUAUCGGGCGGACAGAAGCAGCGAAUUGCCAUUGCUCGCAGCGUCAUCUCAGAGCCCAAGGUCUUGCUCCUCGACGAAGCGACCAGCGCGCUUGACCCACACGCCGAGGCCAUUGUCCAGAAGGCCCUCGACAGCGCCUCCGCGAAUCGAACAACCAUCGUCAUCGCCCACAAGCUCGCAACCAUUCGUAACGCAGAUAACAUCGUGGUCAUGUCCAAGGGUAAAAUCAUGGAACAGGGACGUCACGAAGAGCUGGUGUCUAGGAAUGGCAUUUACGCCACUCUCGUCGAAGCCCAGAACCUUGCACCUAUUAAUGUCGAGAAGAACCAUGGCUCGCAGGACACAAGCAUGGACGACGAGACUUCAGAAAAGGAAGACGAUCUUCAGCCUCUUGUCAAGAUCCGCACGGCCGAGGCGAACCGACUGGCUGCACGAAAAGACCGGGAAGACCACGACUUCUACGAGAAGACGGGCAUUAUUCGCAAUAUCUGGAAGCUUCUAAGAGCGACGCCCGAGAUUUGGCUUUGGUUUGGGGUCACAGUGGCCACGUGCAUCGGAGGAGCUGCCGUUAACCCUGGGCAAGCCCUCUUGCUGGGCAAUAUCCUGAGUGUCUUUGCUUCUUCUGACAUGGUCGCUCGCGGCAACUUCAUCGCGUUAAUCUUCUUCGUCAUGUCGCUUGGUAUUCUGGUUAUAUACUUCAUUAUGGGCUGGUCGACGAAUACUAUCGCACAGACCCUCAGCAGGAAGAUGCGACGAGAAAUCCUAGACUCCUUCCUUAGACAGGACCUCCAGUUCUUCGACCGGCCCGAAAACACAGUAGGCGCGCUCAUCAGCCGGCUGGAUUCCUAUCCGCAGGCCAUCCUAGAGUUAAUGGGAUUCAUGGUCGCCAUCAUCCUCAUGUCCGCCAUCAACAUCAUCGCAUCGAGCAUCCUCGCGAUCGCCGUGUCCUGGAAACUCGGACUAGUGGGCGUUUUCGCCGGCUUGCCGCCCAUGCUCCUAGGCGGCUACGCACGCGUCAAGCUCGAGACCAAGAUGGACGACGAAAUGGGCCAGAGGCUGUCGGCGAGUGCCUCGGUGGCAUCGGAGUCGAUUAUGGCCAUCCGGACCGUCUCAUCGCUCGCUAUCGAGAAUACCGUACUGAGGAAAUAUGUCGACGAGCUCGACCUCGCGAUCUCCCAGACCAGCUGGCCCAUGUUCCACAUGAUGAUCUGGUUCUCGCUCACCCAGUCCGUAGAGUACUUUGUCCUGGCUUUGGGGUUCUGGUGGGGAUCGAAGCUGAUCAACGACGGAGAAAUUAGCUUCUAUCAGUUCAUCGUAUCGUUCAUGGGCGUUUACUUCUCCGGCCAAGCCACCGCAUUGGCUUUCAGCUUCGCCAGCAGCUUCACCAAGGCAAACCAAGCCGCUAACUACUAUUUCUGGCUCGAUGACUUAGAGGGCACCAUUCGUGAGACAGACGGUAAUCGCAAAGAAGGGCCAGCUUACGGAUGUCGCUCCUACGAUUUCCAAGACGUGCAUUUCUCGUACCCCCUGGCGCCAAACACGCAGGUCCUCAAGGGCGUGUCUCUAUCAAUCCGUCACGGCACCUUCAUCGCCUUCGUCGGCGCCUCAGGAUGCGGUAAAAGCAGCAUGAUCUCGCUCCUCGAGCGGUUCUACGACCCGACAACCGGCAGCAUCACCAUCGACUCCUCAGGCCCAUUGUCAUCGCUAAACCCACUCCUUUAUCGCAGACAGGUAUCCCUCGUUCAACAAGAACCGACGCUCUUUCCUGGUACGAUUCGUGAGAAUAUAUUGCUGGGGGUUCCGGAUCUUGAUACCGGUGGGGGAAUGUCGUCGUCUUCUUCAUUCCGAAAAGGCGAAAGUGAAGAAGAGAGGAAACUAAAAGAAGCCUGCCUCUCCGCCAACUUAUGGGACUUCAUCACCUCUCUCCCCGAAGGCCUAGACACACCAUGCGGCGGCAACCAUCUCCUAUCCGGAGGACAGAGACAACGAAUCGCAAUCGCGCGAGCCCUGAUCCGUCAACCUCGGGUCCUUCUACUCGAUGAGGCGACGAGUGCGCUAGACACGGAGUCCGAGAAGCGGGUACAGAAGGCGUUGAUGGAGACCGGGUCCUCAAGAGACAGGAUCACGAUCACGGUGGCGCAUCGGUUGUCGACGGUCCGAGACGCGGAUUGCAUUUUUGUGUUCUAUGCGGGCGAGGUCGUCGAAGUAGGAGGGCAUGAUGAGUUGGUUGCCAGGGGUGGGAUGUAUGCGAAGAUGUGUGAGGCUCAGAGGUUGGAUGAUCCUGUGGUGUGA